AUGGCACCUGUCGAGGCUGAGAAAUUUCUAUCUUACGAAGCCGGGCCCGAGGUCGAAGAGUUCGCCAACGCGCUCGACGACUGUCUCUCCCCCCCCCUCUCAAACGAAGAACGACGAGAACGAAUUCUAGACCUACCUAGAAAAUACCACGAGAAUGCCCUUCGACGCCUAGCACAGGUUCGACCGCGCAUGAUGCGCAACGGACAAGACGAUAUCGAUAUGGAUGCAGACGACGAUGUUGCUAAUAGCAACCCUGCCUCAGCAGAGCUUGUCAAACGUCUCGAGAGGGAAGCGCAGACAUGGGAUCUGUUGCGCAGGCUCCUUCCACUGAGAUAUGCUAGUUCUGAUGACAGGCAGAGCGCUUCCAAACCCGAACGGAGCUCCAUGGAUUCAGGAGACCUGUUUGAGAGUUUCCUUGCUAGUGAUUCAUCGGCGCACGAACGACAAGCAGUCAUACAAUGGCUCCAGAGCAAUGCUUCUUCGGGACCUGAUAUCAACGAGCUCGCGCAUGAACUCCAGCAAAAUGCCGACCGUGGAGAUAUCAUCGCUCACGGCUGGCUUCACACUCGCUCCUCAAUCAAGCUUCGGAAGAGCGUGACAGCCUGGCCCCAUCUACUGGAUCGCCAGUCACCAGCUAUUGCGACCUCAUUUCACACCUCAGAUGGCUCACCUCUGGUGACACAGCUGGACCCAGACGCUGCGACUCGCCAGGGACGAAAACUUGAACCGCAAGAUGAGUAUUUUGAGCGUGCCAUUUGGUUGGGUUGCUGGGAACACCUUCGCCGAGGAUCAAGCUUGGACACUAUCCGUGAAUGGUGUCAAGAACGAACCGAAAUGUGGCGGGCUAUUUCCACCUCUGCGAUACUUCUUUCAGCCGACGGCAGCCAGGAAGUGACGGAUACUAAACCAGCAUCGCUUGCUCUGUGGCGACGAAUGUGCUUCAGCUUGUCUCGAUCUGGUGGCUGUGAUGACUACGAGCGUGCGGUAUAUGGUGUCCUAUCAGGAGACAUCCCGAGCGUCGAGAAAGUUGCCCUGAACUGGGAUGAUUUCCUUUUUGCAAACUACAAUGCAUUGCUACGCACACAGCUUGACAACUACAUACUUGGACAAUGCCCAGCCGACGUUGCUUCAAACCUCACACAAUCGUUUCCUUCAUUUGACGCUAUUCAAUUUCACGGUGAGCCAAGUACAGUUGACAUGCGUCUAAUCCGAGCUUUGGAAGCCAACCCUCAGAUCAAAGACGAAGCGAACGAACCCAAUAAGGCGUUGCAGGCAUCAUUGAUUUCCAGGGAAAUUGGUCAGCAUCUCUAUCAGCAAGGCUGGAUCAUUUCUUCUGGGGCAAAUCACAACGAGUCAGCACUCUACAGAUCAAAGCCCAGUAAGCUUGAGGUAAACAAGGAGAGGUUCUUUCAGUCCACGCAGCACUACGGCCUGCGGAUUGUCGCACAUAUCUAUCUCCUCAUCAACCUCCUGGAUAAGCUGAACUCGAAGGACGAUUCUCUCGCCCCUGCCUUUUCUCCUCCUGAAAUGAGACGUUACCAACAAAAUCUCAUUGCCGGGUACGCGAAUUACCUUCGCCUUGCGGAGUUUCAUGAGUUAAUACCUCUUUACUGUUCGAUUUUGGAACCCCCUCGGUCAUAUGAGGUGCUUAGCUACAAUCUCAUUCCUGAAAAUGAGGCGAGUCGACGUUUACUACAACUGAGACUUAUUGGGAAAGCUGGCAUCGACGUGCUGGAGUUCGUCAAGACUCAGGCGUGGCUUCUGUUCGAUGAUUUGGGUCCGGCGCAACAUGGAUGUCCUGCCAAGGAAGGAUUUAGCAUCAUUGAGCCUGGCCCACCCACUUCACGCAGCGGUCGUCCUGUGAGGCCCGAUUUCUUUGGUGAUGAUGAAAGAUUCGUUGAUCAGGCACAUGAGAACCUCAUCCGAUCACUAGAGUGGCUGGUACUGGUGCAAGAAACAUGGCCCAACGUGUUGUCUAUGGGGACCAAGAUCUACAAAUUCUUUUUACGCAACAUGCACCUCAGCGCUGCUCGUCAGCUGAUGAAGCGAGUUCCGUUUUCAGAGAUCCUUCAUGCAGCUACUGAAGAAAACGGUGAUGAGAUGGAGUUAUACGAAGACAUUCCCGAGUUUUGGGCUAGGCAACUUGAUCGGAGAGGUAUUCGGGACGUGACACCGCAACAAGCACUUUCCGAUGCCCGAAAUUUCCGCGAACUAGAGAAUCUAGUGAGAGCCCUGGAUAGCUUGGAGACAGUCGCGUCGCUAGCCGAGCUUACGAAUGAGUACGCCAAAAUAGAAAACUCUGAAGCAGGCACGGUCAUGAUAUUAACGAGAAACAGGGACCAAAAGAAGAACCGAGAGUUCUGGAAUGCUAUUGGCGAUGAAGUCAAGAACACAAAAGAAAACAUGCAGCCUCUUCUCAAGAACUGGCUCCUGGUGGGCAUCGAGGGUGAUCAAGAACUACGAGAUCUCCGUCAAGCCUAUCUCCCCGAAACAGUUCUAGCAUACGUUGGCACGCUGCACUUUGCUGGCACUGGCUUGUCUCGAGACAACCUCCUGGAGUGUAUGGAGCUUGCUUCCAUCAUUGCAGAGCGCGAUUCGGAUCUGUCGGUUGCAUUCUUAGAAGCCGGAAGAAUGAAGGAGCUGGUGGAAGUCUUUGCUGCCAGCAGCAAGGCAUUGGCCAUCAGCACUGGUGAAAAGAGAACCACGAACACUGGCAGCAAGAAGCUGCGAGAGAUGGGUUGGUCCCGGGAUCUGUGGGUACUUCCCAACAGCAAACAGCUCAGCAGAGCGACAACUGCAAUGGCAAGCUUCGCAGCUGAUAUGCACGGCGCAACUCCUCCUGUUCUCCCCCCCAAGCCUGGUAGCCAUGAGACGAGUCGCAUUGCGACGCCGACCACAUCAGGGGUACCUCCACCAUCCGAAGGCCGCAUACCCUCCAACACUGUGAACAACGCACCAGCGUCAAUUCCCGACCCAGGCGAGCAAUGGCUCCCUCAGAUUCUACAGGACAAGUCAAAACAAGACCUGGCUGAACUGCUUGGUAACCCAACUCUCCUCAACGCAUUAACGCACUCUCCUGAAUCCAUUCACCCUUCCCUGCUUGUAUCGCAUCAAGCUCUAUCCGCCGCCCUCAACGAAAACAUCGACCUAGCUGGCCAACUCACGGACAUGGAAACUCGGCUAUCCCAUCAGCGCGCAUCGACACAGGCACAGCUUCUCUCAACACACACACUCGAGCGACAAUGGCGCCAGAAACAGUCUGACAUGGAUCACGCGCUGGCGCCUUUCUCACCAGCAGCUUUAUACCAGCAGCUGGGACAGGGCGUCCAGGAGCAGGCAUCGGUGUGCGAGGCUAUGGAGGAGAGUUUCCUUGACGGAGAGGGAGAAGGUGUAUCAGCAACGGAGAGGGAGGUUACUGAUUGGGUGCGUAAAUAUAGAGAGGCUAAAGUCCAAUACUAUUUGAGGCAAGAGAGGAAAGAGAGAUGGGACGAGGGACGUGUCGGUGGAUGGAGAUGA